AUGUUUAAUUAUAAUUAUUCCGCAGCAUCCAAUUCGGGAUAUUCAGGUUUUCCAUUUCCACCCCCUUUUCCAAUGAAUUAUCCACCGAAUUUUUUCCCACCACAAAAUUUUGCCCCACCAUUAAAUCCAAAUUUCAAUUUACAUUCUUCAUUAUCCGUGGAAAAUUUUCCCAAAGUGACUUUAGAAACAAGAAAAAAUGACAUGGAAUUUAUAAAUAAUUUCAUUGAUGAAGAAAAAAAUCCCUCUCAAUUGACAAAUAUAGAGAAAAAUAUUCCCAAAAUAUCGAAUUUCACUGAGAAUGUGCAAAUGAUUUUUAAAUUAAAUCAAUCAAUUAAAAAUAUUUGUAAAGAAAUGAGAGAAAAAAAUUUAUCACCUACUGAAUGGCAGGAGAAAAUGGAAAUUGCUGAAAAAUUGAAAAAUCAAAUUACCGAAUUGUCAAUUAUGUUUGAAGACAAACAAUUUAUGCGAACAAUGAAACAUAAAUUGGAGCAACGAAAAAAGAAACGAUUGAGAGUGAAAAAUAAGCGUAAAACAAUUAGAAAUGAAAAUAAAGAGAAGCAAAUUCAAUUGAAUGAAGAAAUUGAUAAUUGGAUUAAAAAGAAACAAAAUUUAAUUGAAAAAGAAAAACAAGAAGAAAUAUUGCGAAAAGAUGCUGAUAUUGUGCUUGCCGAUGUUCGUGGAAAACGAAAUGAUGCAAAAAAAUUUUCCUCCUUACUUAAGGAAAUGCAAAAUUUUCGCAAUGUUAAAGUGAAAAUUGCACGCGCUCGUGGCGAUAAUUUACCACUCGCUGCCGAUCAUGCAUUCAAUAAUAUAAUUGUUAAACUUGUUGAGCAUUGGACAGCGCUAGAUCGGGAAUAUUCUUUCGAAGAGCAAGGAUUAAAAUUAAUGAUACAAACUGAUAAUGAGAAGAAGGAAGAGACAAAAAAAAUGCACACUUUCAAUAAUUGGGAACAAAUUCUCUUUGGACAACGAUUGCAAAAAAAUGCUUUUUUACAAAACAAUUUUCUAAACUUUGUAACAAUCAGGACAAUGUGGGACAAAUUCUAUAAUCUAAAUGGAAAGCCAAUUCCAACAGGAUGGAUUGUGCCUGUUCCUCCUUCAUCAACCGCGUGGCAGGCACUUCUUAAAAAGUCCUCAAUUUAAAAUUACAAAAUUUUUAACAAUGUAUUUUUACUGAAACGUUUAAUUAAAAAUUUUUCUUUUUAUUAAAAACUA